ACCUCUAUAUUGAAAUUGCUGGUGUUAUAUAUUCUGAACAAGCUUCAUUUGACCCUCUCUCUCCAACUUAUUAUAAAAAUCUUAAAUUUAUUUUAAAAAAUGGUAAUAUUUCCCGACAAGCUGCUUUUCUCUACAUUCAAGAAAUUGAUUUUAAUGUCCAUUUCAGCUACUUGAAACAAAUCGCUAAUAAGCUUGUAUAUAUUGUUAAAGUUUCUAAUAAAUAUGAAUUAUUGUCAGAAUAUUUUUGGGGAUGGAUGAUGGUGAUUAUGGAAUAUCUUAAUGGCUAUCUCAGACUCUGUGAUUUAGACAGUCAGAUGAAAAAAAAGGUGGAGAUGUCUGUAAUGGAGACUGUGCAGAUUAUGUAUUCUGAAAAUUAUGUUCAUGAUGAUUUGAGAAGUAUUAAUAUAAUGAUAUCUGAGGGAGAUGUGAAAUUCAUAGACUUUGACUGGAGUGGAAAGGAAGAAAUGAUUAGAUAUCCUUAUUUUAUAAACUGUAUUAGUAUAAAAGUGUGGUAUAGUGAAAUGUAUGCUGGAGCUUUAAUAAGAAAGACACACAACUUGCACUUAUUAGAUCAUAUUUUUAAAGAUGAAUAA